UAACUUGCGGUUAUAGCGAGUUAUUUAGCUGUGUUUUGGACAGCUGUGUAGGUUGCAUAGUCAUGUGUUUUUGUUUGCUUUUAGUCUGACUGCUUUAUCUCCCAGAUUUCUGAUCUAACGGUAGAAACUAUGCUUUUGUACAUUGCAGCUGUUCUUCUGUGGGCUGUCAUAGCUACAGAGGGAAAAGCAGUCCCUUCCCUUCCAAAUUUUGGGAACAGCUAUCAUGUCAAAGGAGUGAUUUCUCUGCCAUAUGCUGAGAUCAAGGAGCCAUUUGAGGCCUGGUUAGACCUAGCGGCAAAGUCCAGCCGAAUAGACUAUUACCAUGGCCAGGUGUCAACCUACCAGUUGGGGGCAGAUCAGCAGUGGGGUGUUGCCUAUAAAGUCACUCCUGAGACCACCGAGACGGAGCAGAAUGUGAUGAAGUGUUUCCAGGUCAACGGAACAAAGGAUGAAGCAGUCACAUCACAGGCGUCGUUGCCUGAUGUGCAGGGCUUCCAGUUCCUGAGGAUGGAGUACUACGGAGGUUCCCUGUGUGAAGUUUGGCAGAAUGUGACCACUGUGGGUUUAAAGAAGAACACCUACACACUGUGGGUGACCCAUUCAGAGAGAGGUGCAGAUGGCAAGGAAGAGCCUGCCACUCCGCUCCAUUAUGAGAUGAUGGGUUACAACACGCUGCUGGGCUCACAUUAUGACAAAUACUAUGUGGACUACAAAGAGUUCAGCACCCAUGUGGACCCUAAAGUCUUUUCGCUGCCUGAAGGUAUGAGCUGUGGCGGAUUUCCAGGUCCUGGAGUGGAGCACCACUUGUUGGCCAAUCCAAUGAAAGAGCUCAUCCACACCUCGGCAUCAGGCCACUCACAGCAAAUCUUCAACCAUUUCAAGGACAAGUUCCAGCGUCGGUACGGCGAUGAAAGAGAACAUGAGAAAAGGGAGCACGCUUUUGUUCAUAACCUUCGGUAUGUCCACUCCAAGAACAGAGCAGGGCUGUCCUUCUCUCUGGCUCUCAACUCUCUUUCAGAUCGCACCAUGUCGGAACUGGCCACCAUGAGGGGAAGGAAACGAGGAAAGACCCCAAACAGAGGGCUCCCUUUCUUCUCAAAGCUUUACGAAGGAGUGAACGUACCUGAGUCACUUGACUGGAGGCUUCACGGUGCUGUGACCCCAGUGAAGGACCAGGCCAUCUGUGGCUCCUGCUGGAGCUUUGCCACCACUGGAGCAGUAGAGGGCGCUCUCUUCCUAAAGACGGGCUCCCUGCAGGUUCUGUCUCAGCAGAUGCUGGUGGACUGUUCCUGGGGUUUUGGCAAUAACGGCUGUGAUGGAGGGGAGGAGUGGAGAGGAUACGAGUGGAUCAUGAAACACGGAGGCAUCGAGACAACAGAAACUUACGGAGCCUAUAUGGGAAUGAAUGGAUUUUGCCAUGUGAACACAUCCCAGCUCACAGCACAUAUCAAGAGCUACACCAACGUGACAUCAGGAGAUGCAGAGGCCCUUAAGCUGGCGCUCUUUAAAAACGGGCCGGCGGCUGUCAGUAUCGAUGCUUCACAUCGAUCGUUUGUUUUCUACAGCCACGGCGUCUACUAUGAACCGGCUUGUGGUAAUACCACAGAUGAUUUGGACCAUGCCGUGCUCGCAGUGGGAUACGGCACCCUGAAUGGGGAGCCCUACUGGUUGGUAAAGAACUCAUGGUCCACCUACUGGGGCAAUGAUGGCUACAUCCUCAUGUCUAUGAAGGAUAACAACUGUGGAGUCACCACUGAUGCUACAUAUGUUACACUGGCAUAGAUGGUGCCCAUUUAUGUGUAUAACCAAAUGUUAAUGCCACUAUGUGAGUGCCUGAGGAUGAAUGAUGCCAAAUAGGGCUGGGCGAUAUGGUGAAAAUCAAAUAUCACAUUUUUUUUUUUUUUU